AUGAAGUCAGACGUGUACGGUAAAAUUUUGGUUGUGCCACCUCUUCUCGUUACUUACAUUCCCAUCCUCGUCUUUUUGAUGAUGAAGGUGUUUUACAGAAGAAGAUUUGAUCAAAUCAGUCUCUGGGUUGCCAUAAAUGCAUUUUCCAAUAUAUUCAAGGAGAAGAAGAAGAAGACUUGUUGUCCUCGAGAAGCGAGGUGGCUGUUUAAAGACAUUGAUCUAACAGCAGAGGAUGAAUUAUUAUCCAAGGUCCUAACCAGAUUUUUGAUGCUGUUUUCUUUGAUGUUUGGCGCUGUGCUGACAGUUUUUUGGCUACUCUUUGUGCUGGAUGUAAGUUACGACUGCGAUGAAGAUGACCUCUCGAAAGACUGCUUCGAACGCAAAUGGACUUCGGAGCCGCAAGACCCCCUAAACUGUAGCAGUGCUGCCGUUCAAACCUUGAUUCAAAAUGGAACCAUACAGGUCGUCUGCAACAAAAUCGUCUUCAAUUUUGGAUUGGCCAGUGGUGCAAGUUACGGCUCCUUCAAGCUCUCUAUGUUCGCCAUUAAGGUAAGUGCAAGUGCACUCUUGAGGAUUGAGACAACAAAGAUGCUACGAUGCGUGCAAGUUUUUUGUGGAUUACUGGUUCUCGGUAUUAACAUAUCGCUUAUAGUUGUUGACACAGCCAUUCCUUCGGUAGCCAUCUUGUUGAGAGAUCAAAAAGUUGCUAUCGUUCAGCUACUAACAACAACAAUCACUGCUUUUCACUUCCUAUUCUGUAUUCCCUGGCGGGAGCUCAUUGACUUGAAAACCCAGAGAGAGAACCCGUAA